AUGCCUAAAGAGCAGCGCAAGCGGAAGAUGAGGACUCUUAAGCUUCAGCUCGACUACGUUCUGGUGAGGAACAUUCCUCAGUCAGAUAUCCGGAAAUCUACAGCUGUUUGGGACGUCGCUUUCGACUCUGACCACCGUCCAGUUCUUCUCAGCUUCAAGAUACGGUUCCACAAGAGAAACCGAGGAGUUCCUCAUCAACCGAAAAUCGACAUGGCAGAUCUGAAAGACGACGAAUGCAGAACAAAAUUCCGCCAACGUGUGUCUAUUCAUGUUGGAGUACGGACCAGGAAGAAGCUUAGCGAUGCGGAUUCCUUCACAAAAUGCACCCAGGACGCUGCAAGGGCCGCGCGCAGUGCCGGUGACUUCAACCAGGAAAAGCGUCUUAGAGGGAAGCUGCGUCGUCAACUGCAACAAGAGAGCGAUAACGAGUGGAUGUCAAGAGCGAUGGAGUUCGAGAAGGCGUGGGAGCACAGGAACCCGCGGAAAGUCUAUGCUCUACUAAAACAGUAUAUGGGCAAAAUGAAAAGAUGUUCUUCAGUCCUCAACACUGCCAAUGGAGUAGCUGUCGGUGAAGCAACCGUUCCAAUUUGGAGGGAAUACUUCAAGACCUUGCUGAACCGGCUAGCACCCUCAGCUCCUGAGCUCGAGCACGUUCAUAGACCGAAAUAUGCGGUUAACGAGGAGCCACUGACCGAGUCCGAGGUUCUAGUCUGUAUUCAAAAAAUGAAGAAUGGAAAAACUGGUGGAGACGAUGGGAUUAGCGCAGAAAUGCUAAAAUAA